AGAGUCUGCAUGGGACAGGGCGGCUGAUUGGCACAUCCAGAAGUUCCCUUCCCAGGUCCAGCCCAGGUGCUCACCAUGUCCACCACGUCCUCCUGGUCUGAAGCAACUUCAGAGUUCCAGUAUGAUGACAGUUCAGAAGCCUGUGUCACUGGGGACAUCGUGGACUUGGGAACUGUCUUCCUGCCCAUACUCUACUCCCUUGUCUUUGCCUUUGGCCUGGUGGGAAAUUUGCUGGUGGUGUUUGCCCUCAGCAACAGCCAGAAGUCCAAGAGCAUCACUGACAUUUACCUCCUGAACCUGGCCUUGUCUGACCUGCUCUUUGUAGCCACCUUGCCCUUUUGGACUCACUAUCUUGUAAACGAGCAAGGCCUUCACAAUGCCGUGUGCAAACUCACCACUGCCUUCUUCUUCAUCGGGUUUUUUGGAGGCAUAUUCUUCAUCACCAUCAUCAGCAUCGACAGGUACCUGGCCAUUGUCCUGGCCGCCAACUCUAUGAACAACCGAACCGUACAGCAUGGCGUCACCAUCAGCCUUGGCGUCUGGGCAGCUGCCAUCUUGGUGGCCGCACCCCAGUUCAUGUUCACCAAACAGAAGGGAAAUGAAUGUCUCGGUGACUACCCCGAGGUCCUGCAGGAAAUCUGGCCUGUGCUCCGCAACAUAGAAGUAACUUUUCUGGGCUUCCUGCUCCCCCUGCUCACUAUGAGUUACUGUUACUUCAGAAUCAUGCGGACACUGUUUUCCUGCAAGAACCACAAGAAAGCUAAAGCCAUGAGGCUGAUCUUUCUGGUGGUCAUUGUGUUUUUCCUCUUCUGGACACCGUACAACGUCAUGAUUUUCUUAGAGACACUCAAUCUCUAUAACUUCUUUCCCAGCUGUGACACGAAGAGGGAUGUGAAGUUGGCCCUCAAUGUGACUGAGACAAUUGCAUUUACCCACUGUUGCCUUAAUCCCUUUAUCUAUGCAUUUGCUGGAGAGAAGUUCAGAAGAUACCUUUACCACUUGUAUAGGAAAUGCCUGGCUGUCCUGUGUGGCCAUCCCACGCACGUCAGUUUCUCCUCAUCCCUGUCUGAAUCACAAAGAAGCAGGCGAGAAAGUGUUCUCAGCAGCAAUUUUACUCAUUACACCAGCGAUGGAAAUACACCCUAUCUUCUCUGA